AUGGGCAACGCUGAUUGUAAUACGUAUUUGCAAAUUCCAGAUGAUAUUGAUUUGAAAAGGCUAUUGGUAAUUAACACGCAUAUCGGUCUCUUUCAGUACAACCGUCCACCGUUUGUCAUCAAUUCAGCGCUAGCAGUCUUUCAGCCGAUUAUUUCUCAAAUGAUUUUCGGCAUACCCAAGGUAUCAAUUUUGGCUACUAGCAGUAUUGACGAGCCAUGGGUUUCAUCUUCUGGAUACCUAGAUGUAGGAAAUCUAGAUUCUUUAUUAUAUUUGUACACAUUGCAUAAGUAUUUUGCAAAUUCACUGUAA